GUUAUCCGAAAAAGUGAAUAAUAAUGUUUUUCUAUUUUUUUCAUCUGUUAUUCCCGGAAUAGUUCCGGAUAAAGCUAACACGUUUCAAAAACAAUACGUUGCAAACUAAAAUAUGGAUUCUUUAAUGUUUAUUUUGGGGCUUGCAUUUGUAUUUUUGGGAAAAGUUAGUUGCAAAUCUGUAAAUGAAAUGCAGUUUCAGCACAUGAAAAAAAUAUUAGAUGAAUCCGAGUUGGAUAAUCUUCGUCAGAGAAAUGAAGUCUCAGCUGUUUAUUAUUAUAAACGUGAUAUUCCACGAUUGAAAGGUUUUCUCAAAGAAUUAGACAAGACAGCAGAAUAUUUAAAAUUAUAUGGAGUGGAAGUUGGAUUUUUUGAUUGUGGAAUUCUACAUGAAGCCAAAGAACCAAAGUGUAAUGAGCAUAAUGCAGAGUUCCAAAUCUUCACAUACCGUAGUAACCAUGUUCUGUUGGAACUAGGAUUAGAGACUAUGUUUGAUGUUAAUUCUAUCAUGUCCAAUAUUUUACAAUUAGUAUUAAUCCAUGAUGUACCAAUACUACAAUCUGUGGAAGAGAGGAUAGAAUAUGAAAAUAAAUACAAGGGAGAGAAAGAUAUACUGUUUACCUACCAGAAAGCUAUCGGGACAUUUGAACAUAGGAUCUUUAUGGAAGUGGCCUUUGCUUAUCAUGAUAAAUUUAAGUUUGCUGUGUGCACUAAUAAACAGGCUAUACAAGAUCUUAAUGACAGUUCAUUCAAUCCAACAGAGAAGUCUAUAUAUGUACUUAGAUGUAAAAAUUGGACCCAAAAGGAUCUGAAAUGUCCCUAUUUUAAAUACAGCAAGAAGUAUGAUCUUGCAUCAUUGGCUAGCUUUGUCAAGAGCCUUACAUACCCAAAAGUGUUUAUGAUGCCUUCUGAAGAUAUAGAGAUACCCUUCUAUCAAGAUAAAGGACCACCUGUAGGAUAUUUCUUCUAUGACAAAGAUUCUAAAGACACUGUUUUAAGUGCAGCCAAUGACACAGCUGAUGCUUUUUUCACAAAUCUGGGAAUAGUUGCUGUUGAUGUAGACAAUGUAUCACCUAAAGAAAAAAGAGAACUUGUUAUUGAUGGAAGUUUUCCUGCUGUGGCAUUUCAUAAAAGAAAUAUGGAAAAGCCAGUAUUUAUGGAAGGAGAUUGGGGGGAAUUACCGAAAAUCCAUCAGUUCUUUAUAGAACAACUGAAUAGACAAGAUCCUUAUGAGUUUGAGACGGAGAGUCAUUCAGGAUCCGAUUUCAUCACAUCUGAAGAUAUGGAAGAAGAUGGCAGAGAAUUUAGUGAACAAGAACAGUUUGGGGAUGAUGAGAUUGAGGAAGUUGAGACACAAGACGAUGCUGUAGCUGAGGCAGUGUACCAGUCAAGGAGGAAACUUCCACAAGUGGAUCUAAUAGAUGCUCUGACUGACAAAACUUUCCCUACCACUAUUAAAAAUAAAGAUCUGGUCUUUGUUUUGUUUUAUCUUCCAUUUGAUGACAAGAGCAUGGCAUUCUUGUAUGCGUAUGCUGAUGCUUCUAAGGAGAUAGAAAGUGACCCAGCUCGACCUCUGACACGGGUCAAUUGUCAUGAUUGGACAGAUGUCUGUGGUAAUGAAAAGAUUAACAUAUAUCCUACCAUGAGGAUGUACCGUAAUGGAAAGAUGUUGAAAGAUUACAAAGGGUUGUUAGAUAGCCAAGCUGUCGUUACAACUGUCAAAUUGCUCAAUCAGUCUAACCCAGUAAAUUUAGCAGAUUCAACAUCAAUCAUGGAUUUGAUGAAUGGGGUGUUACCAAAUAGUAAACAGGUUGUUACCGAAACUGUUGUCAUGGCAUUGUUUGAUUUGUCUCAUGAUAAAGCAUUGAAGGUAUUUAAAAAUGUAGCCAGUCAACUAGAAGAUACUAUGACCUUUGCUUACAAUGAUGAUGGAGCUGCCAAAAAAAUACCAGACUUUAAAUUUACAGUUCCAUCUAUAGUUGUACUAAGAAGGUCUGAUAUUCUCAAACCACAUGUAGUAUAUACUGGUAAAAUGGAAGUUACUGAUCUGAAAGAUUUUAUACUCAAAGCCAGUAUCCCAUCCAUGCCCGAGUUAACAGUAGAAUGGUUUCCAGCAUUGUACAGACAACAGAAGCCAUUUGUAAUCCUGUUUCUGGAUCAGUACCAGGAAUCAGCCAGGCUAAAGAAAGUCAUUGAAGAUAUUGUUAUAUCUGGAAAAUUCCCCAUGCUACAAUUUGUUUGGAUGAAUGCUGACGCCAAGUCGGUUGGUAGAUCUGUCUUAAAUGAAUAUGAUAAAGAUAGCAGGGUUCCAGAAAUAUCAUAUGUAGAUCUGAAAAAGGGUAUUGUAUUCAAUAACAAGGAUGAACAUCCAUUGGAAGAUACUGUUUCAAAAUGGUUGACCAGUGUCAUGGACGAGACGAUUGAACCAUCUAAGGUUUUAGAACAAGGAGACUGGAAGCCAAAGAAGCAUGGUUAUGAUUUCCUGUCAUUAAUAGACAAAGAAAAUGAAAGAAAGAAGAAAAAGAAGCAUAGAAAUCAGGAAGAAAGAACCAUAGAGGAACAAGGUGUCGGUUUUGAUCAAGAUGGGAGAGAAAUUGAUGUAGAAGAAGAAAGAGCAAAGUCUGAGGCCAAAAAUCUUGACUCUGAGGAAGAUGAAAUAAGAGAAGAAUUGGUGGCCCUUCAUAAAACACGCCUUUAUAAAUCUGGUGGAGGAAGGAGGCAUAAGGAUCAUCCUGAAGGAAGUGAGGGCAAGAUUAUCUCCCCUCCUCUAGUAAAUGGAAAAUAUAAAGUGACAGCAGAUUCUGCCAGUCAUGAAGGUCAAAGGUCAAAUGAACACAAAUCAAAACAUACUGAAUUAUAAGUUAUAUGAAGAACUUGUGUAAUUCAUAAGUUACUUUUAUUAAUAAGUCCAUAUGAGCUUUCUACAUACAACGUUAAUCAAAAUAUUGUCAAAGUAAAAUGUAAAGUGACACUUUCAUAUAUACCAUAACAUUUUUUUUUACAAAUUUUUGUUAUUUUUUUAGAUUCCUAGACAUGUAGAAAAUCUGUAGAAAUAUGACGGCAAAAAACUGAAAAUGUAUUAUGAUUUAUAGGCAUGUCCUAAUUGUUGCAAGAUAAAUUAUAUGUAAAUGAGAUCCUUCCGUGAUUUGAAUACCAUGUCGAUUUGAUGGUGAACAGAAAGGUUUUGAUUUUAGUUGUUUUUUUGGGUCUGAUUAUCUUUUGAACAGCUUUUGUGCAAGUAUGAAUAUUUCUGGCAUCCUAAUGACUAUAUUGGAAACCUUGCUACUAGUCUAAUUAUUCUGUCUCUAUUUUAUUAUUGUCAUUGCAUAAUGAUUUUGUUUUGUGCCAUUAUUUUUCAAGCAUAGUGAAAUCUAUUUACAUACUACUCAAUUUUAAGUUGAAAUUUCAAAGGUACAUUUUGUUCUUUGAUUUGAAAUACAAUAUAGAUAUAUAUUUAUGUACUGGUUUGUUUAUUAUAUUGUUUUACAUACAAUAGAUUUUCUUUGUGUGUUAUUUGUUCUCCCCCUCUCCCCCCCCCCCCCCAAACCACCACCAAGUUCAGUACUAUUUUAUGUUCAUAUGUUUUCAUAAAAUGUGUCAACAAAAACCCACCAAAGUAAGAGGGGUCAAAUGCAAUUGUAUGUUAGAUAUGAUCAGCCUAGAUUACAGCAAAUCUUUUUUAUUUAUUUUUUUUCUGUUAACCUUUAAACUACAGCAAAACUAUAGGAUGGAUCUUGAUUUCUAGACUGAUCACUUCUACAAAUUAAUUUUACUUCUUCAAAUACACUUUACAACUAGGUACAAUAUAUUUAACGUAGCCUCUGGCUGUUGGCAAUCCUCUUUAAAUAAAUAAAGAAUUAAAUUAAUAUAUUGUGUAUAUAUAUACAUAUGUGCAUACAUGCAUAUACUAUUAAGUUCAGCUUUAAGAAAAUAUCUUUUUUCAGUGUUUUUUGGUACAUUCCAUAAAUAGUAUAAUUUGAAAAAUUGUAUCUGAUUCAAUGAUAAUACUUUGAUUUAAAGUAGCCAUAUUACCAAUUGAUUAUAUGCUUUUUUUAUACCUUCUAUUGUUAUACUGAAAUCUGUUUUGUUUAAAAAAAAUUUCAGAGAUAAAAAAAACUUUGUUACCUUAUGUAUUGUUAUAUUACAAGUGAAUUUUUACAUAUAAACUUUUCUACUUUAACAAUUUUGUUAUGGUGUCUACAAGACAACUUUUCUAUUUUUGGUAACAACUUUUUUUUUUGAUAAUUGAUAUUUAAUAAAACUUGGCUUCAUUUGGUUGAAACAGAACACAUAAUAUGACUUAAUCAAGCUAUGGUCCAGUUGUUUUAAAUGAACUGGUCCCACAAAUUCUACCGGCCUGCUCAAAGAUACAUCCUCAUAAAGCAGUAAGGAGUAGGAGAAAAACUGAUUGGCUCACAGUCAGAAUCCCAAUAGCCAAUACAUAGACUGCCAUAUCUACACAAAUGCAGGACAUUUUAUAUUAAACCUUUACUCACAGUUUUUAAGUUUAUCAACAGAUUUAGGUGUUUAUACAGUUGUUAUGCAGACCAUUUCAGACCCAGCAUAAUAUUUAUUCUUAUAUGAAUAAUUAAGUUUGUAGUAAAUUAGUUAUUAUUUAUGAUGUUUUAGAAGUAAAUUGGUUUUGGAUAUUUUUUAUAGAUGUGUAUGUAUACUCUUGUUGAAAUAUAGUUAUGCUUUAUUUUUUAUGUGUUAUUUAUAUUUAUUUAUCAUCAAUGAUUUCAUCUUUACUCAAUUGAUAUAUGAAAUCAGAAUUUUCUUAAAAUAAAUUGAAAACAUUUGAAAGGACUAGAUUUAUACUCUGUCAUGUAGUAUCAUUAUGUAACAACUUAAGAAUUUAAAAAUUUCGUGAAAAAAUUAGCUGAAAAUAUAUCUCCAAACAGUAUCAUUACAGGAUAGAAUUUUAUCACUAUAUUAGAGAAUAUCUGUCAUGUUAGAUAUCAUAAAAUUUAACAAAGCAGAAUUGUAUGUUGACAUUCUACCAAAAUGAUCCUUAUUUUUAGGUUUUUUAAGUUUUCUGAGAUAAUUUGAUUUACAGAUUUUCUGCUCACAUCUGUUUAACAAUCACAUGGUUAGCUGUGAUAAGGAAUCCAUAACUUUGUAUGAUGUAUAUUUGUUUUGAAUUAGUGCUCUGGUUAUAGUAUGUAUUUUGGUUUUUUUUUGUUUACUAUUUUUAUAAAGCUGUUUGCAUCUUGUUGUUUUUCUACCCUGACAUUGCACACUAUUGAUACCAGUUUGAGAACUUAAACCUUUUUUUCAUUUGAUUGACUUUAAAGAAUGCAAUCUAUAGGGUAAAUGUAUAAUAUAUAUGUAUAAACCCACCUGAAAUUAUUUUUUGAUCUUCAGAUAUAGUGAUAUAUGAUAUGAUGUCUCUUCUCUUGAUAAUUAUUUUAUAGUGUUAUUACCAGACAAAACUCACUAUUAACUAUUAAUAAUAACAACAGAAAAUUGCAACAUUACCAGUAAAGUUUUUUGAUGUACAUGAUUCUUUACUUACUGUUGAUUAAUGCUGGAUAAAGAUUUUAGCACGCAUAUUGAUGUAUUUUGAUGCAUUUGGAUAUGGUGUGUUAAAAUCAGCAAUUUAGUAAAAAAAAAAUGUUUAGUAAACAGGCCUUAAAAAUAAGUUUAAAUGUUAAAACAGGUUAUGUGAGUCCAUUAAUGUGGAUGUUAUAAAUAAAAUUCUGCAUUAUACAUUUUAUGAAACAACUACUUGAAUAUGAAUGAUACAGGGUUACUAGUCAUCAUCUAUAUUUAUAAUUGCAGUUUUCUUUAUACAUUGCAGUAGUAUAAACAAAAUUUAACUGAAUUAUUAUAUGUAAGUAUACAAUUGGAUGUUAUUAGGUAAAAACAUUUUGGUACCAACAUUGUAUAUAAUAUUUCAAUCUUUUGUUAACUUUACUGACAAAUAUCAGGUAAACUUGACAUUCCAAAUAAAAGAAGAAUUAAA